UAAAGAAAGCCACCAUUCCGGGAGAGGAGGAGGUGGUUCUCGGGAGGCUCUCCACCCCCUCCACUGCCCCCGGAUCGGCCCCCUCGCCUAACUACAAGCUGCCCGGGCUGAGGCACAGCUCCUGAGACGCGGGGAAGGCGAGAGGAGGCGGCGGCUCCGCUCCGCCUCUUCCUGCAAGAGCAGCGCAGUUGUCGCCAUGGCGCUGCGGCAGGCUGUAGCUGCACUUCCAUCUGCCGCCCUCCUCCUCCCGCCGCUGCUGCUGGCGGUGGCGAGCGCAGGGCUGAGCGGCUAUUUCGGCACCAAGUCCCGCUACGAGGAGGUGAACCCGCACCUGGAGCGCGAUCCCCUGUCGCUGGGUCCUGCCGCCGCCAGGUCGCGACUGCCCGCUGCCUGCGCACCGCUGCAGCUUCGCGCCUUGCUCCGCCACGGCACCCGCUACCCCACGGCCGGGCAGAUCCGCCGUCUGGGCCAGCUGCACGCCCGUCUCCUCCGCCGGUCCGCCGCCUGCCCCGCCACCGCCGACUUGUCCGCCUGGCAGAUGUGGUACGAGGAGAGCCUCGACGGGCGUCUGGCGCCGCAGGGCCGGCGCGAUAUGGAGUACCUGGCCCGGCGUUUGGCCGCCCGCUUUCCCUCUCUGUUCGCCGCCCGCCGCCGCCUGGAGCUGGCCAGCAGCUCCAAGCACCGCUGCCUGCAGAGCGGGGCCGCCUUCCGCCGUGGACUCGGGCCUUCCCUCAGCCUCGGCAGCGACGAGGUGGACAUUGAAGUGAACGAUUCUUUGAUGCGGUUUUUCGAUCACUGUGCCAAGUUUGUGGCCUUGGUGGAAGAGAACAACACGGCAAUGUGCCAGGUGAAUGCCUUCAAAGAUGGGCCAGAGAUGCAGAAGGUCUUGGAGAAGGUCGCGAGUGCAUUGUGUUUGCCUGUGGAGGAGCUGAAUGCAGAUCUUGUUCAAGUGGCUUUUCUCACCUGCUCGUAUGAGUUGGCUAUAAAAAAUGUGACCUCCCCAUGGUGUUCACUCUUCAGUGAAGAAGAUGCCAAGGUACUGGAAUACCUGAACGACUUGAAGCAGUACUGGAAAAGAGGCUAUGGCUAUGACAUCAAUAGUCGCUCCAGCUGCAUUUUAUUCCAAGAUAUCUUCCAGCAUUUGGACAAAGCAGUGGAAGAGAGCAAAAGUUCAAAACCCAUUACUUCACCUUUGAUUGUACAAGUUGGACAUGCAGAAACACUUCAGCCACUGCUUGCCCUUAUGGGUUUCUUCAAAGAUGAUGAGCCUCUCAAGGCAAACAAUUACGUCAGACAAGCCCAUCGGAAGUUUCGCAGUGGCCGGAUCGUGCCUUAUGCAGCCAACCUGGUGUUUGUGCUUUACCACUGUGAUCAAGUGAAAACCUCUGAAGAAGAAUAUCAAGUUCAGAUGCUGUUGAAUGAAAAACCGAUGUUGUUUCAUCACUCAAAUGAAACCAUCUCUACUUAUGCUGACCUCAAGAACUAUUACAAGGACAUCCUGGAAAACUGCCACUUCAAAGAAGAGUGUGAAUUACCGAAAGUUAAUGUUACUGCGAUUGAUGAACUUUGAGGGAAUGAAAUGAGUGGGUGUUCUGCAAAUUGAUCUUGGUUCUGUACAACAGAUGUGAACACACACUUUGGAUGACUUGCUGCUGCUGUGUUGACUUUCUAAACUUGCAGAUUUGCUGAGUUGUCUCAGCUCUGUGCAUUGUUAAUUACAUAAGCAGAGUUAAAAACUGAAUGCUGUAAGAGGGAUAUUGCUGAGAAUUUGUAACAAAUACAUCAUGUAAGACAAAGCAUACCUGUCUGUUUAUAUGUAUGGCCAUUCCUCUUAUGCCGCAGAUGGAUUUAAAUGCUGGUGCAACUUCUGUUUUAUCAGAGCUGCAAGUGGUUUGACUGAUUCAGUAUUGCUUUGCACUGCCUUGUUUGCUAGCUACUAUUGACCUGUGCCAGGCAUGAAAUAAUUCGUGUGAGCUUUUGUGCUCCUUUUCCUGAGCUUCUAGGAGGGAGAGAGUACAUAAUCCUUCUCCACAGCUGCCUAACUUCUGCCUGAACAUCACUGUGGGGACAUCUCUUUAUUGGAUGUUUAAAUAAGGAGGAGUUUCAGUGUUCCUGCACCGGAAAGGAUCCAGGACUUAGGAGUCUUGAAGUCAUCAUUGACCCAUCCUGCAUAGAAAGUUAGCCUCCAGGGUAAGUAAAUUGUUUUUUAAAAAAAGAAAUUUAAAAAGGAAAAAUGAGGGUGUGGAAAGUAGACCCUCUUCUUUUAAGGUGGUCUAGAAGAUGCAGCAGUUGUUCUCUAAGUAAUCUAGUGUGUCCUUUCACCUGACACCAUCAAUUUCUUGUGGUAAAGGUUUGGGCUAGGGCCUUCAGGUCAGGCUCUGCUACGACUGUAAACAUCUUAGUUCUCUCAAGGUGCUGACAGUUUUCUUAGCAGCUCUGGCUGAAGGCACCUCCGGAGAUCCCCAGACCAGUUUUCUGCUUAAAACAUUAUUUUUGGUAACCCUAAAUCCAGGCAGAUUUUGGACUAGAAAAUGUUUCUGGCUGAGACUUGGCUUUUGCUAGCUUUAAGUCACUGAACAUAGUGUCACUCAUGUAGGCUUCAUACACUUGGUGUGCCACCUUGUUCUUGAAAUGAAACUGGAUUCAAAGAAAUUAAUUGCAUACAAGUACUGGUGACCUUUUAAAGCAACUGCACUUAAAGUAGGUUCACAUUCUACUGAAAGAUAGAAAGUAUUUAAGAGCUAUCAUGUGUGGCAGAAAAAGGAAAUGAAGAUAAAUUGUCCAGAAAUGUCUGAAAUGGAGUUAAGUCAGAGAAAAAUACCUUUGUUGCCCAGAAGGGAAUGGCUGUGUGAACAAGUUGCCCCAAAGCAAAUGAGGGUGUAGAUUUAUGGUGCUGGUAGCUCUGGAAAUGCACACUCACACUCUGUAACAGAUGUUCCAGAGCACACCCUGUGAAGUGAGGCAUAGUUUGCUGUGUUUGCUGUGGAAGAGGUGAAAGGUCAGUGUAAGCAAUUACCACCAGGUAUCAGAUGCAUUAUAAACAUUUAUACCCUCAUUUUCUGCAAGAUAACUUGUUUUUGUACACUUAACUUCAGAACUGGGAGCUUAACUGCUGGGAAAAAAAAACAAACAAAAAAACCCCAAAAACAGGAAAGAGAAAACCAAAGUGGCUCCAAAUUGAGGAGUUAAACUUAGUGUGUAAUUUUCUAAAGUUUCUUGAGGACUUACACUUCUGUCAUUUUUUUUUUUCAUGGCUUGUAUAAAAGCCAUGAAAGGUUUACAUAUCUGUAAGGUAAGGAGCAAUCAAAAACCUGAUUUUUACGAUUGUACUGUGAGUUAAGGGCUCUUUCUUACACUGGGAUGUAGAGUCCUGUUUGAUUAGUGCACAGGUUUCUGUGGAGAUCAAGGUUCUGGUCACUGCAGAUAUUGAUUAAAACUGAUGGAUAUUUAUGGUAUUUAUUUCAGUAUUAACAUCCCAGUGAAAUACAUGCCUGCAUUAGCUCUGCAGCUAUUUUUCUGACACUAGUGAAAUGGUUAGGGAGGAGUAUCACUGCUGAAACAAAUGUAAGAAUAUAGAUCAGGAUAAUUGUCAGCCUCAGCAUAUGACUUCUACUGCUCUAUGUGCUUUGCAUGUCUCUUUUUUUCACAUGGUCCUAUCUUGAGACUAGUUCAACGGAUUAUAGUUACUGUGACAGAUGCCUGCUUUGAACUUUAUUGCAGCAUUUGAGGCAAGCUACAAUGAAGUGAACCUUUGUUUAAAGGCAGUUAAGUUUGGUAAAUAGCAGAUACAAGGGUGAGAAGAUACACUUUUGAACAAAUAUUUUUUCUGUGGAUCAUUUGUCCUAUAAUGAUUCAUGAUUUGAACAGAAGGGGUGAAAACCUGACUGUUGGAGAUGAAUGGAGAAUUUCUGUUUGUCAGCUCAGUCAGACUGAUUUUCAGACAUCAUGUUUGUUAUAAGAUACAGCCUUCUUCCUCGCAGAGAAGGAAUAUGUUGCACUUGAUUGGUUUUUUGAUCAUGUGCCAGAUAAGUUAGAGGAAGCCAAAAAUUCCUUCUACUGUGAAGUAUCAUUUGGUUCUGCAUUUUCAAGUUGCUUGUAUGUUUAAAUUCUGUGUCCAGGGCCUCUUCAGAGGCUGUUUCCUAUUUUGCCUUGGAGUACACUUCAGUGUACUCUUCAGUGGCUCUCAGCAAUUAACUGAGAAAGGAAAAAUGCUGUUUGGUUUCAGAUUUGUAUUUAAGGGAUGUGCUGACUCACUCUUUUGACUGAAUGUGGAAAUUUUUCACAAUUGUAGCAAUAGAAGUGCUUGCACAUGUAAGUGUUCUUAGGGACUUGUUCAUGGGACUACUUUUACCAUUAGGGAGGUGACUUCAGCAUUACACUUUUAUUUAGUAAAUAUUACAUUUAAUGGAUAAAAAUAUUUCCUUGAAGCUGGGCCCUGACUCAUUGAGUAAUGUUUGACCAGGCUGCUGUGUCUCCAUAGCAUUGCAAAUUACCACAUCCUGAAAAGGUCCUACAAGAAAAAGAAUGGUUUCUCUUCCUUCCUGAGCCUCUGGACAAAAUACCUUGUCUCAAUCAUACUUUGAGAACUAUGUCUUCAGCCUUUCUCAAACUAGGAGCUUUCAAAGAUGAAAAGUACCAAGUGUUUUGGCAGCUGGCCUCCAAUGUAUUAGAAAUGUAUUUUACUUUGUUAAGUAUCUAAAGCUUAACUAAUCUCUCUGGCAAAUUAUUUUUUUCCUUUCUAGUAAAUAGUGCUGUAAUUCUCAUGAGCUUUGAGCUGUCAAACUGCUGGACACAAUGCAAAUUUUUAAUCAUGUGGUACUAACUGGAUGAAUUUUGAGAACUUGCUUUGUAAUUUUAGUGUUGUGAAAUAAAACUGCACACUUUCUUCAUCUCUA